AUGGCUAUCGACCCCAACGAGCUCAUCGCGCAAACCUACCAUAUCAACAUCAAGGUCGCCAAAAACGAACUCGGCGAAAAAGAGAACUUCGCCAUUAUCUACGCAGAAGAUACAACCAAAUCCCCAACAGCUUACCACAAAGACCUUCUCACACGAUGGCACGAGUUCACGAACAAACACUGGAUGAUGGGCCGCCACGGUCAUCACUACUGGAAUCUCGCACUAGAGCCGCCGAGCAAUAUCUACAUGGAGUGGGAGUACAAAGACAAAGUGAAAAAGAUCCAGCAACAGGCGAAGAAAAUGGGUGGAAGGGUGCCCGGGGAUAAAGAAGCGUAUAACAUGGCGCAGUUGUUGAGCUGGGCGGAGAUAGCUAUUUCUCGAGCGCGGCAGGAGCAUUCAGAUGCGAAGGAGUUCCAUGUCUGCUCGACGAAAAUUGGAGACGGGUAUGAAGCCACGCUGCAUAAAGGCGGGGAGGAGCAGAUCAUCGUUGCGAAGGGUAUGGGUGGUAAUCAUCGCGAUGCGAUAUGGGGUAUUAGAGGGAAGUUGCAUGAUGAGGGGCUUAGACGAGCAGGAAGAUGUGCAUAG